GCAACGUGGGACGUUACGACAGUGAAACUUGAUUUUAAAAUAUUUAACUGUCAUUCCUUAUUGUAACUUUAUUUAACUGUGCAUAAGGAUAAAAAAAAAAAAGCAAGUAAAAUGUGUUCAGUGCGUUUCUUAAUUAAUCGAUUAAAUGUCGUAUAUGCUCUUUCUGCCUCCUGCCGGAUUCUGGGGUGAUUUGCCACGUUGCUGUAGACAACAGACUUUAAAGCCUCUCACACACCGGGGAGGAUGUGAGUUACGUUUGACCACUCGAGGCGGUGGACUGCGGUCAGCUUCUAGCCGUCAAACUCAAGUGUGUGGGGCUCCUGUCGGGUGGAGUUUUGGGUCACCCCUCGGUUUGAAAAUGCUAACCGACAUGAUUUUGGAGGAAGAAUUUGAGAAGAAUGGAGAGUCUUGGUACAACCAGCAAGAGCUCGAACAUGAUCUUCAUUUGGCAGCAGAGCUGGGGAAAACCCUCCUCGACAGAAACCAUGACUUGGAGCAGGCCCUGCAGCAGAUGUACUCCACCAACCAGGAGCAGCUGCAGGAAAUCGAGUACUUAACCAAGCAAGUGGAGCUGCUGCGUCAGAUGAAUGACCAGCAUGCCAAAGUGUAUGAGCAGCUAGACACGGCCGCCAGGGAUCUGGAGCAAGGCAAUCAGAGACUGGUGCAGGACAACCGCAUGGCCCAACACAAGAUCCAAAGUUUAACUGAGACUAUCGAAGCGCUUCAGACCCUCAUGGAGGACCUGCAGGCCCAAGUCGGGGAGCUAAAGACUGCAGAAACAGAGCGAAAUAAGAGAGAGCUGGCAGAGCAGAGGCGCAGCCUUGGAGCACAGAGCGUGUCCUGUCUUAAAGAGCUGUAUGACUUGCACCAUGACAGGUAUGUAGCCAAUGGCAGUCACCUUGUGGAUGGACUCUGGUCACCUUAUGGCUCGUUUCAAGACCGAAAAAAGCAACCAGACCCAGAGGAGGAGAACGCUGCUCUCCAGCGCUCCAUCCAGACACUUCAAAGCCAGAUAGCUACUGAGCGGAGCCGCAGGGAGGCUGCAGAGCGGGAGAUGGAGUUGACAGCAAGGGAAAACAGCACCCUGGAACAGCGGCUGGUCCAGCUGUCGGGCUACCAGGUCAGACAAAAGGAGCUGGAGGCCGAAGUAGAACAGCUGCAGCUUCUGUGGCGCGCCGACUGCACCAAAAGGAAACCCGACGAGCUGCUGGUGCCUGACACUGUAUUCUUUGCCUCGGAGGACAAGCCCUGCCCAGAGCAAAGCAAGCCAGAGGAGAAGACUGAAACUGUCGAGGAGCAGAGCAGAUUCGGCCGACAGAGGUGCAACAGUGACAGCGUGUUGAAGGCAACAAACCCAGAUGAAAUUCUCCGUAGUCACGAGCAGCUAUGUAUACGUCGAGCUGAGGCUGUGAAAAAGAGGGGCAUCUCUCUGCUCAAUGAGGUGGAUGCACAGUACAGCGCACUGCAGGUGAAAUACGAUGAGCUGUUACAGCGAUGCCAGCAAGCCUCAGACGAGCUCAGCCACAAAGCCGUCCAGACAUCCAGCAGUCCCUUUGCCAGCGGCCUCUCCCGCCGACGCCUGUCCAGCUCUGCAGCUCUGUCUGAUCUGUCCGUGCUUCUUGAAGACGGCCAGCAGCCGGAGUACAAGGCUCUCUUCAAGGAGAUCUUCACCUGCAUCCAAAAGACGAAAGAGGACCUCAGCGGAAACGAACAACCGGUCAGGGACAAUGAAUCCUCCAACUGAAUGUUAUUCAUCUCAAUAUGACUUGCUCUCUGUUACACUGUUCAGAGGGUGCAGGUGCUGUAAAUGCUUUCAGGCCCUCAAAGUCUUAGACAUGCCUGUUGCGUCCUUAUCAAAAAUUAAGUGGCAAACAGUAGCUAGAUGUAUUAUAUUUGUUGUGAGAAAUAUUUAUAGUUGGAUCAAUGAACAAAAAGCACAUUUUCACAUGCAGACUGACUUUAAAAUCCAAAAGUAUUACGUCCGCCUGCAAUAGUAUUCAGGUUUUUGUUUUUUGUAAUGGCUGCCCCGUGACCACUGGGCCCUUUGGUGUUUGGAAGAGAGAGGCACAUGUAAGGGUGUUACACUGUGUUACAGUGUUUGAUAAGAUGGCGGUUGAGUCAGAGUUGUGUAAACUGAGAAGUUGGAAUGUUGUAAUAUUGGACGUCUAAGGAGUUUAAUUGUUAGUGUAAGUAGGUUUUUGUAAGUUGGCAUUAGUUGGCUCAAACAUUGGUAGUUCGGUGGCACACUAAGAGCGAAACGUAGAGUAAGUGGACACUGGAAAACGAGUGUGUUAACACCAGAAAGACACAGAAAGGCUCUGCACUUUUCAUGACUGAGUUCAGUUUUAUUUAUUUAAUAACAAAAGAUUAGAGAUGAUUAAAUGUUUAUUUAUUUUUUUGUUCCUUUAUUUUUCUGAGAAAAUUUAAUCAAAGUGAAACUUAAUGUACAAUGCCGUGCUUCUUCUAUGGUGGAAACACAAAAUUAAACAAAGCAUUAAAAAAAAAAAAA